UACAAAGGAAAAAAUAAAACACAAUGGGAAGACUGAACGGGGGUACAAAUGAGGGUAAACAACACUUCAGCCAUCAACACGUCUUGAAACAAAUUGUGAAUCCAACUGAAACUCUCAAUUGCAAUGCAUGUGAGAAACCAAACAAUACUAACAAGCCUUUCUACGGCUGCAACACCUGCCAAUAUUUCCUCCAUGAAAACUGCUUUAAUGCUCCGCGUAUUCUCAAUCACUCGUCUCAUCCUUCGCACCCAUUGACCCUUCACCAAAUUCCGUCUUACACGAGUGGUUCCUAUUUUUGCAAUGCUUGUGGCUCUGUUGGAAAUGGAUUUUGCUAUAACUGUGCUGAUUGUGAUUUUGAUAUACACUUGCAAUGUGCAUCCUGUCCUAGCUCCAUACUUGUUGAUAAACACACGCAUCAAUUGGAGAUCCAAUACGGUUAUCCUGAGGAUAGCGAAUAUGUUUGCGAUAUCUGCUCUGUAAUGAUGAACAAUGACAACUGGUUCUACUAUUGCGGUGGGUGUGAUUUCGCUUCACACUUGAACUGUGCGAUAAUUAGUCCUGAAGUCGGUGUAUUCCCCAAACAGCUGCAGCGUCCAAAUCCAAAUUUAAAUCCAAGUCGGAAUUCCCAUGCGAAUGCGGCGGUGGAAAUGAUAAAUUCAGUGAAUGAUGAUCAUGACCGGCUUAUAGCAGCUCAAAUUCGCGCUCAGAUAGCGGCACGAGGAAGACGGGCUGCUCUGGACUUAAUCUAGGCAUACAAUUACACAUAUCUAAUGCUUCCGCUUUGGCCUUCUUCAUUUUUGUUUUGGUUACUAUGUUUAUCGAUUAUAAACUAGUGUUUGAUUUUCCCCUUUUU